AUGGAUAUAGAUCUUGAUAGUUGUUCUAUACAUUGUCUUAUAACUUCAUUAGGUAGUGCAGAGAUAAAAGAGACUGAGGAAGAGGUAGAAGUAGCACAGGUAAUUAUAGCAGUUGAGAGUGAAGCAGGAAAAAAAUAUAUAACUCUUUGA